CGAAAAUAUAUUUCUGAUAAAAUUGAGCGAAUUUUGAUGUUAUUUCAUUUUGAACAAUGGGGCUAAGCAACAGAUAUAUGAACACAUACUGCGUAUGAUUUUCUGUUUGCAAACCCUUUGUUUCCCUUCUAUUUUUACAUGCCAAGAAACCCUUUUUGAGUUCUUGAAGUAGACUAAUGCCAACGUAGUACUUGAUCCCUCCCAUGAAGGCUGCCUCGGCUGACCUCGUUCGCAUUUCUCUCAGUUUCACAACUUCAAAUAGAAUGACACACAGUUCUCUCCGCUCUGAAGGUGUGUAUAGUAGAUUAUUAGACAAGUUUCCGGAUGCCAAGACACUAGAAAAAAUUCAUUCCAGGAUCAUCUCAGAUCAGGGCCUAUGCCCCAACUCGUCCAUCUGCAUCAAAUUAAUGCGGGCUUAUGCAUCUUGUGGCUCGACUGGUGCUGCACGGCAGCUGUUUGACAAAAUUCUCAUUAAAAAUGUCGUGGCGUACAAUGUGAUGAUCAGAAGCUAUGCCAACAACCGGUUUUAUCGAGAUGCUAUUGUGUUGUUCAAAAAGAUGCACGUGGAUGGUAUUCAGCCUGAUCGAUAUACCCUUCCUUGCAUUCUAAAAGCUUGUUCAGUUUCUGAUAAUGUGUGGUUAGGGGUGCAGAUUCAUGGCCCGGUUAUAAAGAAUGGUCUUGAUUCAUAUUUAUAUACAGGGAACGGUUUGGUGGCUAUGUAUGGGAAAUGUGGGUUUUUGGCUGAGGCUCGGCGGGUUCUUGAUGAAAUGCCUCGAAGGGAUGUUGUUUCUUGGAACUCAAUGGUAGUGGGAUAUGCUCAAAAUGGAAAGUUUGAUUAUGCAUUAGAAGUUUGCAAGGAAAUGAACAUGUUGGGUCUGAAGCCUGAUGCUGGGACAAUGGCUAGCAUUUUGCCUGCUGUAACCAACACGUGUAUCGAAAAUGUUGCAUUUGUGAGGAGCAUGUUUUUGGAUAUGGACAAAAAAGACUUGGUUCCUUGGAAUGUGAUGAUGUCUGUAUAUGUCAAGAAUUCUAUGCCUAAAGCGGCUAUCGAAAUAUAUUUACAAUUGGAAGCUUCUUCAAUAGAGCCUGAUGCAUUAACUUUUGCUACUGUUCUUCCUGCUUGUGGUGACCUUUCUGCUGUACUGUUAGGACGUAGGAUUCAUGAAAAGAUUGAGAAGAGUGGACUUCAGCCUAACUUAUUACUUGAAAAUGCUUUAAUUGAUAUGUAUGCAAGGUGUGGGUGUUUGUGCGAAGCUAGGGAACUUUUUGACGGCAUGGUGUUUCGAGAUGUAGUGUCAUGGACUUCCUUGAUCUAUGCUUACGGUAUGAGUGGCCAUGGUCAAAAGGCAGUUUCUUUAUUUUCAAGGAUGCUCGAAUCUGGCCUCAAACCUGACUCCAUUGCUUUCGUUUCUAUACUGUCAGCAUGCAGUCAUGCUGGACUGCUACAGGCGGGGGAAUAUUAUUACAAUCUAAUGACAGAAGAGUAUAAGAUUGUUCCAAGGCUAGAACAUUAUGCUUGUAUGGUGGAUUUGAGGGCAAGGGCUGGGCAGAUAGAUAAGGCGUAUUCUUUUAUCAAACAGAUGCCAAUGGAUGCUGGUGAGAGGAUAUGGGGUUCUCUGUUGAGUGCUUGUCGUACAUAUAAUGACAUGGAUAUAGGGAUUAUAGCUGCAGAUAAUCUUUUCAAGUUGGCACCUAGGCAGUCUGGAUAUUAUGUCUUGUUAUCAAAUAUCUAUGCAAUUGCUAGAAGAUGGCAAGAUGUGACUAAAAUUCGGACGUUGAUGAACGAAAAAGGUAUCAAGAAAAUUCCCGGUGUUAGCAAUGUGGAGCUCAAUAACCAAGUACACACAUUUCUUGCCGGGGACAGGUGUCAUCCUCAAUCAGGGAAGAUUUAUGAAGAGCUAGACAUAUUAAUAGGGAAGAUAAAGGACAUUGGCUAUGUCCCAGUUACAGAUGGCACACUGCAUGAUGUUGAGGAGGAAGACAAAGAAUAUCAUUUAGUUGUCCAUAGUGAGAAACUGGCAAUUGCCUUUGCAAUGUUGAACACUGAUGCUGGAACACCAAUCCGAAUCACAAAGAACAUACGCGUCUGUGGGGAUUGCCAUGUGGCUGUCAAGCUCAUAUCUAAGGUCACCAAACGUCUCAUUGUUGUCAGAGAUACUAGACGCUAUCACCAUUUUCAAAACGGGGUCUGCUCAUGUGGUGAUUAUUGGUGAACCUACCAGUAGUCAGGGACACAUGAGGAUGAGUGCUAUGUUUUGGGAAAGAAAUGCAGUGACACAAAGUGUGGGAGGCCUUGCUAUAUGCCUAAAUAGGUCGACUUUGAAUUCCAAAGUUAUUUUGCACUCACAACAUAAGACAACUAGCUGCUUUUAUCUUGUGUUGUGGCAGAAAUGACUUCCAAGCCACAUGCUUGGGUAACACAAAUAAACUGUUCAGAAAGUGGAACAAAUUUCAGUAUUGUCU